AUGGAACUCACUUCCUCUUUCAUACUCUCCCGCAAUUACUCUUUCUCAUCCUCCCUCUCCCCAUUCCAAACCAACAACCCCAAAGUACCCCUCAUCACUACCACCACCACCACCGGCAGUCCCCAUUCCCUCCGCAUUAUCGCCGUUGCCAACGCCGUAAAUGACCCGCCCCCACAGAAUCCGCAACCUCUUCCUGAAAACAGCCCCCAGCGGCUCCUGAAGGAGCUCGCGGAGCGCAGGAAGAUAACAUCCCCAAAGAAAAAAUCUCCGCCAAGAAGGUUCAUCCUGCGUCCCCCACUAGACGACAAAAAACUCGCAGAGAGAUUCCUCAACAGCCCCCAACUAACUCUCAAAUCAUUCCCCUUACUCAGCUCCUGCCUCCCUUCCAGGCGCCUCAACGCCGCCGACAACACGUGGAUCGACGACUGCCUUCUAGAAGCCAAGCAAGCCUUGGGGUAUCCUCUAGAACCUUCAUCUUCAUUGGAUGACGAUAACCCCGCGAAGCAGCUCGACACUCUGCUGUACCUUGCGUUUCAGCACCAGGGGUUCGAGAGGUCCCGUGCGAGGCACGUGAGGUGCGGGCACUCGAGGCUGUUCUUUCUUGGGCAGUACGUGCUGGAGCUUGCCUUUGCCGAGUUUUUUCUUCAGAGGUAUCCGAGGGAGGGGCCGGGUCCGAUGCGGGAGAGGGUGUUUGGCUUGAUUGGGAAGUCCAUGAUGCCGCGGUGGAUUAAGGAGGCGAGUUUGCACAAUUUGGUGUUCCCUUUUGAUAAUAUGGAUAAGCUUGUUAGGAAGGAAAGAGAGCCACCCGUCAAGUAA